CGGAGCUUCAGCAUCCAAAACACACGGGGGAGGUGCGCCACCGAGACCAGAGCACCGGACCCACACGGAACACUAUAACGCUCACCGGUUCCCCGUCAAACCUCCUCUCCGCGUAACUGCGCUUCAACCUCGGCGAGAGGGAUGGAUCUCUGCACUCUGUCCAUGUGAAGCCCCCGCUUCCACCGAAGAUGUGUGCGCUGCGACCUCCAGCACCGCCCACAUCUCCACCUGCCAUGGUCACAUGAUGCACCCCUGAGUGGCUUUGCUCUCCCAUCAUAGACCAGUGGAAGUGCCGGUUCCGAAAGAGGCGUCUGCGGCCAGCCCGCCAUGACGGUGGCCGUGCGCUUCCGCCGCCACUUACGGCGGCUCCUACUCUUGCUGGCCUCCUGCUGUCUCCUCUCCUUGCUCGUCUCUGCUUACUUCCUCUUCUCAAACACCUCCCCUUCCAUGCAAAUAGGACAGUCCUCAGAGCCCGCCUGCUCACAGCCCCUGUCCAUGUCCCCGUAUCGUCAACUCCCAUACCCAUACCCUCCUAAUCCGCCUCACACGCAUGUCCACACUGACUCAGCGGUGCUGGUGCUAGUGGAGUCGCAGUACUCUCAGUUGGGUCAGGACAUUGUGACUAUAUUAGAGUCUGCGCACUUCAAGUUCCGCAUGGAAAUUGUGUCGGGGAAGGGUGACCUACCGCCUUUGACGGACAAGGGCCGGGGACGAUAUUCACUCAUCAUUUAUGAGAAUCUUCUCAAGUAUGCACAUGCAGACACAUGGAACAGACAGCUGCUGCAUCAGUACUGCACCGAGUUCAGGGUGGGCAUCAUCGGCUUCUACCGCUCCACUGAGACCUCGCCCCCUCUGCUUAGACUCAGAAAUUUCCCGCUGGUGCUCAGGACCAAUCAGGCCCUUUGGGACUGCUGUGUGGUGUCCAGCUCUCCCAUCAUCCACCUAACCAAGCCCGGCACAGACCGAGGGCCCUUACCCGGUGAAGAAUGGACUUCCUUUUCCUCCAAUCACUCCAGCUACCAAGCUGUGCUGCAUGCCCGGGCCAAGGAUGGAGCAGGGGUGGGUAGCGGUGACAAUCCAGGGCCGGGGUUCAGCCUGGGUCUGCAGGCUACUGUAGUGCAGGACAUGGGGUUCUAUGACGGGGUGAGGAGGAUCUUUUUUGGUCAGGGGCUGAACUAUUGGCUCCACAGACUCAUCUUAGUGGAUGCCAUCUCCUACCUCACUGACAGGAAGCUGACUUUGGGUCUGGACCGGCAUAUCCUGGUGGAUAUAGAUGACAUUUUUGUGGGGAAGGAAGGCACCCGCAUGAACGUGAAGGAUGUGAAGGCACUGCUGGACACUCAAAGACAGUUGCGUUCUCACAUCUCCAACUUUACCUUCAACCUGGGCUUUUCUGGCAAGUUCUAUCAUACAGGUACCAUGGAGGAGGAUGAGGGAGACGAUUUACUGCUGAAGUACGUGGAUGAGUUCUGGUGGUUCCCCCACAUGUGGAGCCACAUGCAGCCUCACCUCUUCCACAAUGAGUCCUCGCUGCUGGAGCAGAUGGUGCUCAACAAGGAGUUUGCAUUGCAACAUGACAUUCCGGUGAACAUGGGCUACGCCGUAGCCCCCCACCACUCGGGGGUCUACCCGGUCCAUCUGCAGCUUUACGAGGCUUGGAGGCGUGUAUGGAACAUCCAGGUGACCAGCACAGAGGAAUAUCCCCACCUCAAGCCUGCCCGUUACCGCAAAGGUUUCAUCCACAGUAACAUCAAGGUGCUACCUCGUCAGACAUGUGGCUUGUUCACUCACACCAUCUACUACAAGGAAUAUCCCGGUGGGCCGAAGGAACUGGACAAAAGCAUAAGAGGAGGGGAAUUGUUCCUUACUGUACUUCUCAACCCUAUCAGUAUAUUCAUGACCCAUCUCUCCAACUACGGCAAUGAUCGUCUUGGUCUCUACACGUUCGUCCACUUGGCCUCUUUUCUUCACUCAUGGACAAACCUAAGGCUCCAUACGCUUCCUCCUCCUCAGCUCGCAGACAAGUACUUCCAGUUGUUCCCUGAACAGAGGGACCCACAAUGGCAGAACCCAUGUGAUGACAAACGACACAAAGAUAUCUGGUCUAAAGAGAAGACCUGUGACAGAUUACCCAAGUUCUUGGUGAUAGGACCACAGAAAACAGGGACAACAGCACUUUAUCUCUUCCUCCUUAUGCAUCCAUCCAUCUCAAGCAACUUUCCCAGUCCAAAGACUUACGAGGAGGUCCAGUUCUUCAACACGAACAACUACCACAAAGGCAUUGACUGGUAUAUGGAGUUUUUUCCUGUACCCUCCAAUGUUAGCACGGACUUCCUGUUUGAGAAAAGUGCCAACUACUUCCCCUCGGAGGAGUCCCCCCGGCGUAUUGCAGCCCUGCUACCUAAAGCCAAGAUCAUCACCCUGCUCAUCAAUCCCUCGGAUAGAGCCUACAGCUGGUACCAGCAUCAGAGAGCUCACGAAGACCAUGCAGCACUUAGCUUUACCUUCUACGAUGUCAUCAGUGCCAGAGCGGGUGCACCGGCAGAACUGCAUUCCCUGCAGAACCGCUGUUUGAACCCAGGCCUGUAUGCCACACACCUUGAGAGGUGGCUCACGUACUAUCCUGCCAACCAGGUGAUGAUCAUAGAUGGUCAUCAACUGAGAGCAGACCCUGCUGCUGUCAUGGAUGAAGUCCAGAGGUUUCUGGGAGUCACUCCUCAUUUCAACUACUCACAGGCCCUCACGUUUGACCCUCAGAAAGGUUUUUGGUGUCAGCUCCUUGAGGGAGGAAAGGUAAAGUGCUUGGGAAGGAGCAAAGGGCGAAAGUAUCCUCCUAUGGAACCACAGGCUCGGGCAUAUCUGUCCAGGUUCUACAGGGAACACAACGUGGACCUGUCAAAGUUGUUGCAUCGCCUCGGACAACCUCUUCCAUCUUGGCUGAGAGAGGAACUGCAGAAGAUAACCUUUGCAUCCAUGAGCCAAAAGGCCAAAGCUGAAAUGGCAAAGAGCAAGCCUGGAGCACCUGACCCUCAGACAUACUCUGACGCGAACUCCGAGGGCAAAGUGAGGACCGCGGAGCCUUGCUUCACACCACUGAAGGGCAAAGAAAGUGAUGGGAGGACAAAGAAACUUGAACACUUGAAGGGAUAAAUGGUUGGAACAGCUCAGAAAUCAUUGAGACAAAGAGGAGUUCACCAAUGUUGAACUCUCUCGCAGUCCUGCAGUAACUUUGAAGGUUUUGUGCAACUUUCACCUUUAAUUUAUCACACCACAACAGCGCUGGUCAGCUGUGUGAAUCCCAUCAUGAGCACUUCUUCCUUGAAGUGAAAAAGAAAAAAAACAUGAUUCCCUUUAAUUUCUUGUGUUGUUCUUGCCACAGUGAGAAUGAGAACAAGGUGCAUCGUCUCAGGGUGUGUGGGAGCCCAUUGGUUUAUUUUCUAUGACUUUGUUUGUUCAGAGUGAAAGUAGCUGCUGGUUGAGCUGCCAGCCCUGUUCACCUUAGAGAUGUCACCCCUGGCUGUCUCCAGAAAAUAACAGGUGGGAAGGCAUUGCUGAGGCAACUAGCCUGUGCCAUGUUGAAGGUAUGAAAGCUGAAGACAGCAGCAAAGACAACCAACCAAAAUGAGUGGAUGUCAUACAUGUAGAAUGUGAUACCAGGGUGCCCCCCCCUCGCCAUUUUGUCACUGUACCAGCCUUCGUUUACCUGUUUUGCUUAAUGAUGUGUGUCCCUCUCUCACCCCAAUUUUUCCACUGUACCCACACUUCCUU